AACCCUACUGAAUGCACUUUUGUUGUCUUUUUUUAAAAAACAAAUUCUAAGCAGCCUUUAACGUUUUGCUCGCCAAGUUGAUGUCACUAUAAAAUUUUAUAUCUUAUCUAAAAAGCAAUGGUGGACCCAUCCUUUUGAAAUCCUGGAUUCGCCUCUGAUUGUAUGAUAAUACUGUAUUAGUGGAUACAAUAUUUAGAGAAACUGCAUCGUUUCUUACGAUGUAAUAGCAUGCAUGUUUAUUCUGGUUUGACUGUAUAUUAUGCUAAUAGUAACUGCUAAAUUUACUAAAAUAUGACAAUACUUGUGUAUAUGCUAAAUUGGAAUAUCAAGGGUAAAGGGUAAAAUAUGAAAUGCUAUCAAAUGAGGAUAUAAUAAGAAAAAGAAAUAAGGUAACAACAGAAACACACCAAAUCAAUUGUUUCAAAAAGUGGAUAUUUUCAUCGUUACAUGAUUUAACGAUACUAUACAGUAAAACCUUAAGAACAAUCAAAACAAGCCAUAUUUGAUGUAACAAUACAAUAUGACAGGUAACAACGAUCCAGAACAGGGGCAAAAUGCCGUGUGAUAACCCACAACUUCGAUGGUCCAACUAAUUAAUAGCUUAAGAUCACUAGGCAGUCCAGAAAGUGUGCUCGAGAAAAAUGUCUUCUCAAAAAUAAAAAGAUAAAUAUUGUUCUUUCAUCCGAUGUGGGACUCUUCGACACCCCCAACUCACGCCCGGGGCUGGACAUGUGAAGCGUGGACAAUUUUAAUAUAAGGGCCCAACAUCGGUAAACAAGAAUUGGGAUGGGCCCUGCUCUGAUACUGCGUAAAGAGAUGGAUCUUGGGCCUAAUAACUCGACCCCAAAAGCUAGCUGAUGAGGUGAGGAUUGCCAAGUCCAUAUAAGGAGACCACCCAUCCCUUUUUCAUCAAUGUGGGACUCUUCAACACUUUUUGGCAGCAAGAUUAGUUCCAUCACAGUAUCUUGAGAAAAUGUCUGAAAAGGGUGUAUGGCCCUCCUCUACAUACGGAGCCGGAUAGCCAUUCUUCACAUCUCAAACUAUGAUGAAGGAAGAGUGACGCUCAUUUCUUCUGUUGACAACAUUACAAAGUAUUUGAAUCCCACAAAAUUGAAUACUUGAGAACUGCAGCUAUUAGUUGCUGGAAGGUACAUCACAUGCAGCAAACGUAGAGUGCAGCUGAAAUAGGAAAGUGAAGCAACAUAAAAGGAACUGUAAGAUAUGGCACAACUAGCCAUGUGAAAUAUAUACGAGUGAUGGCCAAGUAUCAUGGAGACCAAGCAUUUUCCCUUAUAAAUAGGGAUAUAUAUUUAAGACACCACCCCGAGGAGAAUUGGAAGCUUUGCUAGGUUGGUUCAUCAAAUUUUCCGGUGAGAAAUUGGAUAAUCUGAUCAGGUAUGCUAUAUUUAAUUUGAGCUGGUUUCUUAUUCACAGGAAAGUAACUUUUUUUUUUUUUUUUUUUUUUUAACGUGCUGAUGAACUUGUAAUUGCUAGUUUAUCAGUGAGUGGAAAAAUAUAAGAUAAAAGGCAAGAACCUAUAGCUUUGGACAUUAAUUUAUUUUUUUCCACUCCAUGAUUAAUGCAAGAAUAUAUUCAAAAUGCUGUGUAGUAUAGCUUAAGAUCGUUAGACAGCCCGAAAAUAGUAUUUGAGAAACUGGCUUCUCUAAAAAUAAAAAGAUUUUAAUAUUUCUCUUUUUUUCUAUUAUCCUUUUCGGCAGCUAGAUAAGUUCCACCACAGUAUUUUGAGAAAAUAUCCAAAAAGGCUACAAAAACUUCCACGUUAAGAUCUGCACACAGUUCCGCUGUUAGCUUUGAAGUUCUAGGUCAUCAACUUCAGUUUUUCCAGGAAAGAGAUAGUCGGUUUUCUCCAUCUGAAUUGAGAGGAAAGCGUGUGAUUGAACUAGGGGCAGGUUGUGGCGUAGCAGGAUUUGGCAUGGCAUUGCUUGGAUGUGACGUAGUUUCAACUAAUGUAGCUGAGAUUUUGCCGUUGCUAAUGAAAAAUAUGAAGCUUAACCCUUCCACCGUUAUGCAGAGUACAGCCUCAGAGGUUGCAGAGCUGGACUGGGGUAAUGAAAAUCAGAUGAAGGCCAUUGGCUGUGGCCUUCCAUUCGACUAUGUCAUUGGGACUGAUGUUGUAUAUGAAGAGCAUCAAUUGGAACCACUUCUGCAGACAAUAAUUGAACUUUCUGGACCAGAGACGACAGUUUUGUUGGGGUAUGAAAUCCGAUCAACAAAUCUCCAUGAAAAGAUGCUUGAGAUGUGGAAGAGAAAUUUUGAGGUCCAAACUGUUCCAAAGGAAGAGAUGGAUGGUACUUACCAACACCCAAGUAUCCAGAUUUACAUAAUGUGCUCAAAACAACAAGCAAAUGCUUCAGAAAUUGGAGUCAAUCAAGAUGAUGUAAAUAACUAAGAAAAACAUUUAGUGCAACUACUUUUAUUAACUUUAAAAUAAUGUAACAUUUAAAGUCACUUUCUUACCAUUGUCGCUGAAAUACUUUGAUCUCUUAAUUCUUUCAUCUCCAUAACCACGAUCCGUUACACUCUUA